AGAAAAAUCUGGAAACCAGUAGACAACCAUAACGAGAGACGACAAUAUAAAUAUUGCUCCGAUGGAUAUUUACAUCUCACAGAAACGAAUUGAAACAGAGCAAACUACAAGCGAGAAGCACAAGCACAUUCUAGAGCUUUCAUUGGGUUGGUGGAUCGAGAUCGAACUGAUAUCGGAGUUAUUAGGAUUUGUGGAAUCGAUUGGUGGAGCUUUGUUUGGAUCUGCUGUUACUGUGUUUUUUCCUAUUGUAAUUUCUUCAAUCUGCGAGUCAUACUUUUUCAUCAAAUCCCGUGAUAAUGUAUCCUGCAUACCCACGGACGGAUUCAUACCCCUAUCACACUAAGCCAAGACCCAUAGAGAUGGAUCAUGGUAUGAAUUUACCAUAUUACCCCUGGCCUUAUGCUAGCCACCAUUCUUAUCCAAUCCCACAGGGUUGUCACUCAUGUUGCAACCAUAGCUAUUUCGGUUGUGCGUACAGUUACCCUUCCCCUUCCCCUUACCCUUACCCUCACCACCCACCACCAUUUCACACCCAUGGAUUCUACCCUCCUUUUCCCGGAGCUCACCCUGCUUACACUGUUCCACCACCACAUUAUUCUAUGGAGCAGCCAAGAUACGAUUAUGACAAAAAUACCCCUACUACUACUACUCAUCAUUGCUCUGGAUGCGAGAAAAAGUCAAACAUUGGACAAGAGGAGCCAGAAGUUGAAAAGAAAACAUUCUUGAAGGACUCCCCUUAUCCAAUCAUGUGGGUCCCUCCUAGCUGCAUGAACACCACCGAAUCAAAAAAUGCAAAUGAGAAAGAGAAUCAUUCCCAUGAGCCUGUUUUAAAGACUAUUCAACCUUCAAAACAACGAGGAAAUGGUGAAAUACCCCAAGAAUCAUUCCCUUUUCCUAUAUUUUGGUUGCCUUCUAGGAAUAAUGAAGUGAGAAAUAAGGACAUGAAGGAGGACAAUCACAAUCUUGAUGAAGAGACAAGGAAAAAAAAUGCAAAUGAGAAAGAGAAUCAUUCCCAUAAUCCUGUUUUAAAGCCUAUUGAAGCUUCAAAGCAAGGAGGAAAUGGUGAAAUACCCCAAGAAUCUUUCCCUUUUCCUAUAUUUUGGAUGCCUCGUAAGAAUAAUGAAGUGGGAAAUAAGGACAUGAAGGAGGACAAUCAAAAUGCUGAUGAAAAGACAAGGAAAAACGAUGAGGCUGAAUCUGAAAAGAGUAGUAAACAUGGUGUUCAGAAGGUGAUUCCGGUGAAACAAUUGGGGACAAAAGAGGAGAAGGCAUCAAAACUGCCUCCUGUUUGCUUACGAAUUGAUCCUCUUCCAAGAAAGAAGAAGAGUUCAUCGCGAUCACCUAGUCCUCCUGGUGAUAAAGAAAGAUCAAAAGUAUCAACAACUGAAGAUUCAAAAUCUUUUAAACAACAAACACAGUCAUCAGAAGACUUGAAGAACGAUAGCAAGAAAGUUGAAAAAGAUAGUGUUGUUGAUUCUUGCAGUGAAAAAGGAGUGGAACAAGAUCGAUCGAGUGAAGUUGAAGCUUCAAAAGUGGAGAAAAGGAAAAUUUUGUCUGAAAAUGAAGCAGUGGUGAUGAUACAGUCUGUGUAUCGUGGUUUUGAAGUGAGGAAAUCGCAGCCGUUGAUGAAACUAAGGCAAAUUGCUCAAGUUGGAAAACAGGUGGUUGAGCUGAGAAAUCGUAUUCAGGAUCUGGAGUCAUCCAUGGAUGACAAGCAAAAAUUGAUCAUCGGAGAGACCAUAAUGAGUCUUCUCCUGAAGCUAGACACCAUUCAGGGUCUGCAUCCGAUUGUGAGAGAUAUUCGGAAAUCGGUGGCAAAAGAGCUUGUCGGUUUACAGGAAAAGCUUGAUUCGUUAACAUUUGUAAAAUCUGAAACCCUAAGUGAAGCUACAGAAUCUCAAGAAGAUGAUGGUGCUCUUGAGCCACAAGUAGAAUCGCAUGAUGCAGAAAACACCGGCGAGCUUAAUAACGAUCAGAUUACGACAUUGGUGGAACCGGAGCAGCCUGUAGAUGAUUCCAUUGAUCGGGAACAAGCUCAAUCUCGUAACAAAGCUCAUGAAGUCGAAGCUGCAGAUCCUAUACACGAUAUGAAGCCGGAUCAUCUGGUUGAACACAUCUCCGGCAAGCUUAAUGAUGACUACAUUCAAGCUCAAUCUGGUAGCAACGAUGAAGCCGUGAGGUUAGAUCUUGAGAAUCAUGAAGUCGAAGUUACAGAUUCUGUACACGACAUGACGCCGGAGCAACUGGUUGACCAGACCACCGGCGAUGUUAAUAGCGACCAAAUUCAGAUGGCGGUGAAGACCGAGCGGCCUGUAGAUGAUGAUGUCAUCCAAGAAAAGUCGUAUCAGCCACAAUCGGUAUCUGGAAUCAGUGUUGAAACCAUGGAAUCCGAUCUAUGUGAGCAUGACGGCGACAAUCAUGAAGUCAAAGUUGCAGAUCCUGUACACGAUAUGAAGCCGGAACAAUUGGUUGAACAGAUCACCGGCGAGCUUAAAAAUAACCAAGUUCAGACGGCGGUGGCGGCCCAGCGGCCUGUAGAUGACAUCAUCCAAGAGAACUCCGAUCAGGAUCAGGCACAUUCGGAAUCUGGUACAUGUAUUGAAACCAUAGAGUGUGACGGCGGCACAGAAGCUCGUGAUAUCAAUCUGGAGCCACAUGUGGAACCGGAAGGGAAACAGAGCAUGAUAGAGCUCUCCGGCGAACAGCUUGAGAUGGUGGAGGAGAUCGAGCCGCCGGUGGAAGAAGAGAAGUCCGAUCAGAGAGAAGCCCUAAUUUUACAAAACGUGGAUACUAUGGAGGACCUAACCACCGCCACAGUGGAGGUGGAAACGGAUGUAAGCACGGUGGAGACGAUGGAGUUGGGUAAAGAAGAUGUUGACCUGGAAGUAGCUCCAAUGGUGGAUGAUGUUGAUGGCGGCUCUAAGGAGGUGGUUUUAAUGGGGGAUGUUGGAGGAGCUCCGCCAUCGUCUGCCGCAGGAAGCCAUGGUUCGAGUGGUGGCGGUGACACGAAGAUAGUGGAGGAGAACGAGAGGCUGAGGGUGUUAGUGGAGGAGCUGAUGAAAGCGGGGAAUGAACAAGUGAGUGUGAUAAAGGAGCUUACAGGGAGAGUGAAAGAUUUGGAGAAGAAACUGUCAAAAAAGAAAAAGAAAGUCAAAAGGUCCAACAGGAGGCCACGUGGCUCCCUUGUUGAUGAAGUGUGCGUAGUGUAAAGUUGUUACAAGUAUAUUUGUCGUGUAAGAUAUGUGAUCGUUACAAAUGAAUAAACUUUUUUUUUCUUUA